GAGCCGCUCCCUCCUUCCUGCCCGGCCGGAAGUGGCCUCUCUCGCCUCAGUCGGAGGAAGAAGGAAAGAAAGAAGGAGGCGCGGAGGGAGGGCGCUCGCCGGCUGAGGAGCCCCGUCGGGAGAGGAGAGGGCCCGGCCCGGCCCCGCCUGAGCUCCCAAGACUUCCUGCCCGGCCGCCAGAAGCCAUUGAUCACCGUUGAGCUUCUCUCUCCGACCAAUAUGGCCUCCUCCCUGGCUUUCUGAUAAGGCACCUGGGGCGGCAUGCCGGAGGCCGGGCAUGUGCCAGCAGGAUGAGUCUGAACGACGACGCCGGCGCCGAGAGCGCGGCCGUCUACACGCUAUGCAUUUGCCCCCAGCUCUCGGUGAAGAGUGCGGCCUGCUGCCGGGUGACGGCCACGAAGGAGAGCACCGCCGGGGACGUCAUCCGGGACGCGGUCGUCUGCUUGGGCUUGGACGCCGCGAAGCACUACGUGCUGGUGGAGGUGAAGGAGUGCGGUGGAGAGGAGUGGGUGCUGGACGGGAAUGACUCCCCCGUCCAGCGGGUGUUGUUGUGGCCGCGCCGGGCCCAGGAGGCCCCCCACCCGCCGCGGGACGGCUACUACUUCCUCCUGCAAGAGCGCAACGCCGACGGGAGCAUCAAGUACGUGCCCUCGGAGGAGAAGGGGAUGCGGGAGGAGGCGGCCCGGCGCCUGGUGGAGCGCGGCUUCCUCCCCUGGGCGCAGGAGGACUUCAACGACCUCUGCCACCUGCCCAACCUGACGGAGGCCACCCUCCUGGAGAACCUCCAGCGCCGCUUCCUGAAGCAGAAGAUCUACACCUACGCCGGGAGCAUCCUGGUGGCCAUCAACCCCUUCAAGUUCCUGCCCAUCUACAACCCCAAGUACGUCCAGAUGUACGAGGGACACCAGCUGGGCAAGCUGGAGCCCCACAUCUUCGCCAUCGCCGACGUGGCCUACCACGCCAUGCUCAAGAAGCACCGCAACCAGUGCAUUGUCAUUUCCGGGGAGAGCGGCUCCGGGAAGACGCAGAGCACCAAUUUCCUCAUCCACUGCCUCACCGCCUUGAGCCAGAAGGGCUACGCCAGUGGGGUGGAGAGGACCAUUCUGGGAGCCGGACCCGUCCUGGAGGCGUUUGGGAACGCAAAGACGGCCCACAACAACAACUCCAGCCGCUUUGGGAAGUUCAUCCAGGUCAACUAUUUGGAAAACGGCAUCGUCCGGGGGGCCGUGGUUGAAAAGUAUCUGCUUGAAAAAUCCCGCCUGGUGUCACGGGAAAAAAACGAAAGGAACUACCACGUCUUCUACUACCUGCUACUCGGGGUCAGUGCGGAGGAGCGCAAGGAAUUCCACCUCAAGCAGCCGGAAGACUAUUUCUACCUCAACCAGCAUAACUUGAAAAUCGAAGACGGGGAAGACCUCCAGCACGAUUUCGAGCGGUUAAAGCAGGCCAUGGAGAUGGUUGGCUUCCUUCCUGCCACAAAGAAGCAGAUCUUUUCUGUGCUCUCUGCCAUCCUUUACCUGGGGAACAUCACCUACAAGAAGAGGCCGGCCGGCCGGGACGAGGGCCUCGAGGUGGGGCCCCCCCAAGUGCUGGACAUCCUCUCCCAGCUCCUCAAGGUCAAGCGUGAAAUCCUGGUGGAGGUCUUGACCAAGAGAAAAACGGUGACGGCGAAUGACAAGCUCAUCCUGCCCUACAGCCUCAAUGAGGCCACCACCGCCCGCGACUCCAUGGCCAAGUCUCUCUACAGCGCGCUCUUCGACUGGAUCGUCCUGCGCAUUAACCACGCGCUCCUCAACAAGAAGGACAUGGAGGAGUCCGUCACGUGCCUCUCCAUCGGCGUCCUCGACAUUUUCGGCUUCGAGGAUUUCAAGACCAACAGCUUUGAGCAGUUCUGCAUCAACUACGCCAACGAGCAGCUACAGUAUUACUUCAACCAGCACAUUUUCAAGCUUGAACAGGAGGAGUAUCAGAGCGAAGGGAUUUCCUGGCACAACAUCGACUACACCGACAACGUGGCCUGCAUCCACUUGAUCAGCAAGAAGCCCACGGGCCUCUUCUACCUGCUGGACGAGGAAAGCAACUUCCCGCACGCCACCAGCGAGACCCUCCUGGCCAAGUUCAAGCAGCAGCACGAGGACAACAAGUUCUUCAUCGGGACCCCCGUCCUGGAGCCGGCCUUCAUCAUCCAGCACUUUGCGGGCAAAGUCAAGUAUCAGAUCAAGGACUUCCGGGAGAAGAACAUGGACUACAUGCGGCCGGACAUCGUGGCCUUGCUGCGGAGCAGCGACAGCGCCUACGUGCGCGAGCUCAUCGGCAUGGACCCUGUGGCCGUUUUCCGGUGGGCCACCCUCCGGGCCGCCAUCCGCUCCAUGGCCGUCUUCGCCGAAGUCGGACGCCAGCGGGCCCAGAGGACGGCAGGGGUGGUACGACACGGACCGAGGAUCCCGCUGGGCGAGCUCCAGCCGGCCAACACUCCAGUCGAGAAAGUUUACCGCGGCUCAGGGCUUGAUUUCUCGUUUGAUUGCUCUGAGGAUUUUGAUAUAAACGCUUUCGAGGACAUCAUUGCUUCGUAUGAGAGCAAGAAGAAAAGCCGAGGUACGAAGCAAAAGCAGGUCAUCCCGAAGAACCUGCUGGACUCCAAGUCGCUGAAGCUGAUUGUGAGCAUGACGCUCCACGACCGGACCACCAAAUCCCUCCUCCACCUGCACAAGAAGAAGAAGCCCCCCAGCAUCAGCGCCCAGUUCCAGACUUCCCUCAACAAACUCCUGGAGACGCUGGGCCGGGCCGAGCCCUUCUUCAUCCGCUGCAUCCGGUCCAACUCGGAGAAGAGAGAGCUUUUUUUUGACGAACGGCUGGUGCUCCAGCAGCUGCGGUACACGGGCAUGCUGGAAACGGUGCGGAUCCGACAGUCCGGCUACAGUGCCAAAUUCCUCUUCAAGGACUUUGUGGACCAGUUCCAGGUGCUCCUGCCCAAGAACGCCAAGGCUUCCAAGGAGGAGAUCCGUCCCCUGUUGACCAGGCUGCAGCUGGACGCCAACAGCUACCAAAUUGGAAAGACCAAGGUGUUCAUGAAGGAGGAGGCCCGGCAAGUGCUGCAGGACACCCUCCACAAAGAAGUCAUCCACAAGAUCGUGGUCCUGCAGAGCUGGCUGCGGAUGGUUCUGGAACGCAGGCGCUUCCUCCGCACGCGUCAGGCGGCCCUCACGCUGCAGGCCUGUUGGCGCUCCUAUCGCACCCGGAGGGCCUUGGAGAGGGAGAACGCAGCCGUCUACAUCCAGUCCGCCUGGCGGGGAUACCGGCAGCGGAAGUCUUUCCGGCAACGCAAGCGGAGGAUUUGCCUCCUCCAAGCGCUGACCCGGGGACGCCUCCAGCGCAAGAGGUUCCAUCAAAUGGUUGCUGACAAGAAACGUAAAGAGGAAGAGGAAAGGCAGCGCUGUCUUGGGGAGGAGAAUGGGCUGGAUCGGCACGAGGAGCCCGUUUUGGAGGGGACGGUCCCCGCGGAGCCCAAGGGGAAGCGGGCGGAGGUCGGCGGGGGCGACGGGACGGUGGAUGAAGAAUCAGGAAAGCAGUCUCUUUGCCCGUCACAGAAGAGCAGCAGCAGCAGCAGGGAGAAGCGGGAAUCCCGCCGGCAGCGAGGCCUGGAGCACAACCAACUUCAGAGCAAACACGUGGCCUUUCCCUUCGAGGGGGGUUCGCGUGGCCAGGCGGCAAAGGAGGAAAGCGUCCGAGAGAUUUCCCCGGACACGGACGGCUGCAAAAGGGCGGAGGGCGGACCUCUCAACGGCAGCGACCCUUGGGUCCCCAUCGCGCCCCCGGCCUCGAGAGGGGGGCACGGCCCCGAGAGAGAGGACCACGGCCCCAAGAUCCGGACCAGCCAAAGCUUCACCUGCCUCGAACGGCCCACGGAUUUGGCUCUGAACCUCACCGCCAGCCAGAGCUUCCGGGGCCACGGCGACAACGGGAAGGAGGCGGGCAGCCCCCCCACGUUCCUCAUCCAGCGCUACCAGGACGACCCGGAGAAGCUGCGGGACAAGCGGGAGCGCUGGAAGGGCAAGCGGCAGCAGGGCGGCGGGCCGGGCGGAGGGGCGCUCAGCCAGUCCCUGGACGAGAGGAGCCGCCGGCAGAAGAGCCCCCCGUCCCCCCCGCAGCUGACAAAGAAAGAGAUGGCGUCUUCCUUGGACGACAUUCCCCGCAUUGCCUUCUCUGCCUCCGCCGGCCAGCAGUCCCUGGACACAGCGGAGGGCGACAGGGGUCACAAAAAGCAGCCACGAAAAGCCGGGGAGCCUCUCCUUGGCCCCGAAGCGACCAGCCCCAUGUCGGGACCUGGCCAUCAAGGGGAUGCCAAACCCACCUUCAAGAGCCCCUUGCGGAGACUCCUGGGGAAGAAGCCCGACAAAAAAAACCCGAAGGAGGAGCCUUCGGAGGAGAGCGAUGGCUUGCCGCUGUUCUCUUGCGUGCUGCCGAUGGAGGCGACCGUGGCGCAGAAGGCGGCGGAAGCCCCCCCGGGCCUUCCUCCUCGGGCGCAGUCGGAGGAGCGUCCGGCCAAAGAGAGCGGCAAAGCCAAGCGGAGCCGCACUAUCAAGAUCAGCAAAGCCAAGACCGCGCCGGAGAAGUGGCGGGCACCCUUCCUGCGGGACAUCACCAAUGCCAACGAGCUCAAAUACCUGGACGAGUUCCUUCUCAACAAGAUCAAUGAUGUCCACUCGCAAGAGUCUGCUGUCGAAUGCUUGUUUUUCGAAGCCACCGAGAAGUUCCGGGGGAACAUCAAGACCAUGUAUUCUGCUCCGAACGGCCAGAUCCACGUCGGCUACCAAGACCUGAUGGAGAACUACCAGCUCCUGGUGGUCAACAUGGCCAAGCAGAGGGAGGGGAAGGACGUCAAGCUGGUCUUGAACCUCUUCCAGUCCCUCCUGGACGAGUUCGCCCGCAGCUACGCCAAGAAGGAGGAGCCGGAGCCGCCAAAGCCCAGCAAGGGACACAAGAAGAAGCGGAAACAGGAGCGGGUGAUCGAGGAGCUGAAUGGCCACGUCUUUGUGAGCUACCAGGUCAACAUCCUGCAGUCCUGCGAGCAGUGCUGCUCCUACAUUUGGCCCAUGGAGAAGGCCUGCCUGUGCAGAAUCUGUAAGCUGACUUGCCACAAGAAGUGCUUGUCCAGGAUCCAAAGCGGAUGCACCUCCUCGACAGCAAAGAAGGGAGACCACGAGGCCGACCCCCGCCACUUCGGGGUGUGCGUGAGCGCCCUGACCGGCGAGAAGAACGCGGUCCCCGUCGUGAUGGAGAAGCUGCUGGAGUACGUGGAGAUGCACGGCCUGUACACCGAGGGCAUCUACCGCAAGUCGGGCUCCGCCAACCGCAUGAGGGAGCUGAAGCAGUCCUUGCAGGCGGACCCAAACAAGGUUCGCCUGGAGAACUAUCCCAUCCACACCAUCACUGGGAUUUUGAAGCAGUGGUUGCGGGAGCUGCCGGACCCGCUCAUGACCUUUGCCCAGUACAACGACUUCCUCCGGGCUGUGGAACUCCCCGGGAAGCAAGAGCAGCUCUGCGCCGUCUACAGCGCCCUCGAGCAGCUCCCGCGAGCCAACCACGACACUCUGGAGCGGCUCAUUUUCCACCUGGUCAAGGUGGCCUUGCUAGAGGAGAUCAACCGCAUGUCACCCAACGCCCUGGCCAUCGUCUUCGCGCCCUGCCUCCUGCGCUGCCCGGACCACUCCGACCCCCUCACCAGCAUGAAGGAGGUCUCCAAAACCACCAUCUGCGUGGAGAUGGUCAUCAAGGAGCAGAUGAGGAAGUACAAGCUGAAGAUGGAGGAGAUUUGCCAGCUGGAGGCUGCCGAGAGCAUCGCCUUCCGACGGCUUUCGCUCCUGCGACAGAACACGCUCUGGCCCGUUAAACUGGGGUUUUCGUCUCCCCGCGAGGGAGCACGGAACAAAAGCAGCCCCCAAAGCACCGUCUCCGACGGCGGCAGCGGCUCCGCUCCCAAACUGGGUUUCCUUCCGGAAGAGGAAGAAGAGGCCGACAAUCGGGAAAAGGAGCUCUUGAUGGAACGGAUCCAGUCUCUGAAGGAGGAGAAGGAGGACAUCACGUACCGGCUGCCGGAGCUGGACCAGCGGGGCUCCGACGAGGAGAACCUGGACUCGGAGACGUCGGCCAGCACCGAGAGCCUCCUGGAAGACCGCGCGGGGUGACCGGGCCCCAGAG